UUUUAGGGUGCAAUGGAAACAUGACCAAUUCAUCAGGCUUUAUCUUCUCUCCACACUUCCCCGGUUAUUAUCCGCCUCUAACUAUCUGUCGCUGGACUAUAAAGGUUGCUCCCGGAAAAAAUAUAAAGCUACGAUUCUUGGAAUUUCAGUUAGAAGAUCAUCCAUCUUGUUAUAGUGACUACAUUGAGGUUUAUGAUGGAUACGAAACUAAAACAAAAAAACUUCUCGGGAGAUAUUGUGGCCUGCGAUUUCCAGACUUUCUUGAAUCAUCGACGAAUUUUAUGUUAAUUAAGUUUGUAAGCAACGACAAAGUUACAAGAUCUGGUUUCAAGAUGCACUACACAUCAGAAGAAGCUCUCCUUGGGAAUUCAAAUUGCGUCAGUUUUGAAGGUUGCCCUUCAAGCUGUGAGUGUAAUAUCAUCUCAUCUAAGCGUCAUGAUAUGGUGAUCACAGUUAAAAAGGGAAGAGAGUUGAAGGCCAUACCAGAAAAUAUGCCUUCUAAUACAGCUGUAAUAUCGUUCCAGAACAAUAGGAUUUCGUAUCUACGCACGAAUCAAUUUUCUGGCCUCUUGAUGUUGACUUACUUGGACUUGAGUCAAAACCGUCUCUUCAGAAUCGAGAAACGAGCGUUUGAACAUGCUGUUUCAUUGCGUUCUUUGAAACUUCAAGGAAAUUUCAUGAGGACUUUACCAGGUGGAAUUUUCCAUAAUGCGUCAAAUCUUCAUACUUUGGACUGUAGUUUAAACUUGAUAGAGGAAAUAUCAUCAACAACACUGGCUUCACUGGCAGCUUUGACUACAUUGAGCUUCAGAGAAAACCGGAUAAAUUCUAUUGAUAUGGAUGCUUUUAAGGGAGCCCGGAAGCUACAAUACUUGUAUCUUCAAAACAAUUUGCUGGAAGAGCUGAGUGAUAAUACAUUCCUGGGCUUAACAAGACUCAAAGUGCUGUCUCUUCGUUACAACAAGAUAAAAAGACUGACUUCCAAGACAUUUGCUGGGCUUACCUCAUUGGAGAAAUUAGAUUUACGGAACAAUUCUAUCAGUUUGAGAGACUUUUCACCUGGCGCCUUCGAUGAACUCCGCAGUCUUAAGGAAAUCUUCCUUGACGAGUUCAUCCUUUGUUGUUACGCCGAAAAAGCAGCCCCUGGUGUCGGAUGCAUUUCGCCGAAAGAUGAAUUUUCUAGCUGUUCUGAUCUGAUGAAAAACAAAGCGGUCCAAGUGUGCAUUUGGAUUUUGGGGCUGACCGCUCUUCUUGGAAAUCUCUUCGUCAUUUUAAUGCGAGUAAUCGUGAAGGAAGAUAACAAAAUACACUCAUUUCUUUUAACGAACCUUGCAAUUUCAGAUCUUCUAAUGGGCAUCUAUCUGCUUAUUAUCGCUGUAAAAGACGUACAAUGGCAAGGGGAAUAUUUUAAGCAUGACAUCAAUUGGAGGUCAGGAGUAACGUGUGCAUUGACUGGAGUGCUGUCUAUGGUAUCAAGUGAAGUGUCCGUCCUAAUGUUAACACUCAUUACCACUGAUAGACUAAUCUGUAUCGUUUUUCCUUUCAAAAUGAGACGCAUGAAUCGUGGCAAUGCUUACAUUAUUGUGGCGGUUAUUUGGAUCUUCGGAACUCUGUUAUCUGUGAUUCCAAUGUUUGGGUUGGAUUAUUUCUAUGACGAUAAACGAUACGUAGGAUUUUAUGGAAAGUCUGCAGUUUGUCUUCCUCUCCAACUGUCGUCAGAUCGUCAAGCUGGGUGGGAAUAUGCUGUGGGGAUCUUUAUUGCUUUGAAUUUUGCAUCAUUUGUUUACAUCCUCACUGCAUAUAUAGUCAUGUUCUUCUCUGUCAGAAAUGUCGCUAAGAAUAUCAGGUCAACGCACAUUAGCAGAGAAUCGCAAAUGGCGAGAAGAAUGGCUUUUAUCAUUCUGACUGAUUUCCUCUGUUGGAUGCCUGUAAUUGUCAUUGGGAUGUUGUCACUGAUCGGAAAAUUUCAUGAUCCUGAAAAGCAAGCUUACGUUUGGAUUGCCGUGUUUGUCCUCCCUGUAAACUCGUCCAUAAACCCUAUACUAUACACAUUUUCCACUCCUUCGGUGAAGAAGAAGGUUACAGAGCAGAAGGACAGGUUGAGAAGUUAUUUUCAAAGAAGUUCACAUCAGUGGGAAGGAUCUCCAGGGUCACGAGGUACUUCACUCAGCUCAUUAGUUGGUGGAAACACGAUCUUCCCAAGUGAGUCACAAAAAACGACUUUGUCAACCUUCAGCCUCUCCCCAAUUCCAAGCAUCUCCUCUCGUCCAUUGGAAGAGAUACCAGAAUGCGAGGAACCUGAAACCGAUUUAAACCUGAUUGAAACACCAAGUGUCUUUUCGGAUGAGACUUCACAUUCGGUGGGUUUUGUUGUGGCGUGGUCUGGAAAGAAAAAAGACGUUUCUUUGCGUUUGGUUAAGCAUUUUUCAAAAGCUAAGGAGGAAUCUUGGAAAAAGGAGACAGAAGUAGCCAAGGAACUCAAUGGAGAUGGCGAAGGGCAUCCAAACAUCAUCAAAUAUUGCUGGAAAGCUCGAACUGAACAAUGCAAGCUACAUCACAAGCGAGGAAAAUUUCUUCGAUUAAAGAAAAGUUAUUUUUUGCUUUGCUAUGACUUUACUUCGAGUAAGACGUUGGCUGAGUUCUUGAAUGACAACCGAGUUACUCUAAACCUGGAUCUAGUCUUAGUUGUGGCCAUUGAUUUAAUUUAUGCCAUCGAAUACUUGGAACGAAAGGGUGUUAUUCAUAACGAAAUAACAACUUCCCACGUGUUGAUAGGAAGAGGACUUAGGAUGCCCCCGAUAGCUGCUAUUCUUGGAGGAUUUGGUUCGGCCCAGUUGAUAUCUCGAGACUUUCCUGAAUCUACAAAAACUGAGCAUGAAAGGAAGGACAUAUUAGGGAAAAAUAUCCUUCAAUUUGGUUUCUUGUUGAAUGAUUUGAUUAAGAGCUGCAACGAGGAUGAAGAGGUGGCACAACUUCGAGAAAUGAUACAAUUGUGCUUUGAACAAGACCCGGAUGUUCGACCAAAAGCUUUGCAACUUCGAGGCCUUCUGGAAGAACUGUGGUGUCGCAAUGAUAUCUGGGAUACAAAUUUGUAGUUAUUAGCGAGGCAGCGGUUUUUUUUUCUUUUAACUUCGUCCUGUAAGAGGCGCAUGCUCGGAGACUCAUGUACGCCGAAAUGUAUUGCGUAGCCCCUGGCUCAUCGAAAUGAUUGUCCGGUGUUGAGAAAUACUUUCAGUUCCCAUUUAAUCUUUCAUGGGAUUUUAAUUUGUUUUCGGCUAUCGUGAAUGGAGUUCAUUUUCAAUGAUAUUAUUUUUUUUUCGUUGGGGCUCAUUACUCUUUGCCAGACUUAUUUUGUUGCGUGCGUGAUUUGGGUGUGCGUUUUAGUUGCUCACAUAGCACGAGUUUCAUUCCCCUCCACCA